GCCAAGGAGCUACCAUAAACGCGCGGUCACCUCGCUAUGAUACACCCGUUGUGCCUGAAAUCGCUAGCAAAGAGCUAAAUUCCUGCAGUAAGCGAGUGUUUACAAAUACUAUGUGUAAAAGAGUAUAGGUCUCUACCUAAAAUUAAGUACGUGUGGUGAAUAUAUAUUGUGAGUAAAUAAUCAAUAAAGAAAGUGAUGGAAAGUAGCGGAGAUAUAGUCAGGGUAAAGGAAGAGCCAAACGAUGAUUGGCCAGACGCAGGUGGUGAUGAUAAUCUCGAUUCUGUGGACUUUUGCGAAGUCAAAAAUGUUGGAACAUUGUCCUUUCAUGAAUUACCGUCAAACCACACGCAUCAGACUAUGGCUUUACAGAAAAAGAUAGAGGAAAAAAUAUUCGUAGAUAUUGAGUGUAAAGAUUUUAAACCUGAACUGCAGUUUCCAUUGGCAAGCAUCUACAAAACUGAGCAUCAGAUUUAUCCACCUAGCGUGAAAGUAGAAAACCAAAUACAAAAUAAUAAUUCAAAUGAUAAAAAUCUGAUAAUUUUAAUAAAAAAAGAGUUUAAUUACGAUGAUAAAUGUCAGUUUCAAGAAAAGUUCCGAUUGAAGUUCGAUGAAUUCGAGGAUGUGAACAUAUCGAAAAAAAAGGAUCAAGCAAAAUUAUCGAUUAAAAAAAAUUUUAAUCGAAAAACUUAUAAAGAAGAAGCAAUUCUGGAAACCAAUAUCGGUGCGACAGAUGAGGGCAUUAAACGUUAUAAGUGUGAAAUUUGUCACAAGUUAUUUGACUGCCAUUGGUUCCUGGAAAGGCACGUAAUGACAGUACAUAGUCGGAGCAAACUUUUCGAGUGCAAUAUUUGCCAUAAGUCAUAUAGCCGCAAGGAUGCACUUAACACUCACAUAAUUGUAGUACAUGGUCAUAAAAAAGCCUUUGAUUGUUACAUUUGUCACAAAUCAUUUGGGUACAAUAGUCACCUAAAAACUCACAUAAUAACGGUGCAUAAUCGGAGCAAACCCUUUGAAUGCGGUAUUUGUCGCCAUUCAUUUGGAUUAAAGAGUAACCUCAAAGUUCAUAUAAAUACAAUACAUAGUGGAAGAAAACUUGAAUGUGAUAUUUGUCACAAAUCAUUUGGACGAAAACAACAAGUCAAAACUCACAUAAAUACAGUACCCUCGAAGCUCACAUCAAUGCAGUGCAUGAUCGUAAGAAACAAUUUGAUUGUGAGAUUUGCCAUAAGUUAUUCACCCGUAAAUAUCGCCUCAAAACUCACAUAA